CAUGUUUUGUGUGUCUCUGUCCAUCCAGACUCCUGACGUUCAAGUUCGCAGGGACGUCACGUCCGCACUUGAACUUGCAGCUCAGGGGGGCUUUUGCCAUUUUUUUCAUCUCUCUCUCUCUCUCUCUCCCUCUAUCUCUCUCCUCUCUCUCUCUCUCUCUCCUUUUUUUUUUUUUGCUUAAAAAAAAAAAAGCCAUGACGGCUCUCCCACAAUUCAUCUUCCCUGCGCCAUCUUUGUAUUAUUUCUAAUUUAUUUUGGAUGUCAAAAGGCACUGAUGAAGAUAUUUUCUCUGGAGUCUCCUUCUUUCUAACCCGGCUCUCCCGAUGUGAACCGAGCCGUCGUCCGCCCGCCGCCGCCGCCGCCGCCGCCGCCGCCCGCCCCGCAGCCCACCAUGUCUCGCCGCAAGCAAGGCAAACCCCAGCACUUAAGCAAACGGGAAUUCUCGCCCGAACCUCUUGAAGCCAUUCUUACAGAUGAUGAACCAGACCACGGCCCUUUGGGAGCUCCAGAAGGGGACCAUGACCUCCUCACGUGUGGGCAGUGCCAGAUGAACUUCCCAUUGGGGGACAUUCUUAUUUUUAUCGAGCACAAACGGAAACAAUGCAAUGGCAGCCUCUGCUUAGAAAAAGCUGUGGAUAAGCCACCUUCCCCUUCACCAAUCGAGAUGAAAAAAGCAUCCAAUCCCGUGGAGGUUGGCAUCCAGGUCACGCCAGAGGAUGACGAUUGUUUAUCAACGUCAUCUAGAGGAAUUUGCCCCAAACAGGAACACAUAGCAGAUAAACUUCUGCACUGGAGGGGCCUGUCCUCCCCUCGUUCUGCACACGGAGCUCUAAUCCCCACGCCCGGGAUGAGUGCAGAAUAUGCCCCGCAGGGUAUUUGUAAAGAUGAGCCCAGCAGCUACACAUGUACAACUUGCAAACAGCCAUUCACCAGUGCAUGGUUUCUCUUGCAACACGCACAGAACACUCACGGAUUAAGAAUCUACUUAGAAAGCGAACACGGAAGUCCCCUGACCCCGCGGGUUGGUAUCCCUUCAGGACUAGGUGCAGAAUGUCCUUCCCAGCCACCUCUCCAUGGGAUUCAUAUUGCAGACAAUAACCCCUUUAACCUGCUAAGAAUACCAGGAUCAGUAUCGAGAGAGGCUUCCGGCCUGGCAGAAGGGCGCUUUCCACCCACUCCCCCCCUGUUUAGUCCACCACCGAGACAUCACUUGGACCCCCACCGCAUAGAGCGCCUGGGGGCAGAAGAGAUGGCCCUGGCCACCCAUCACCCGAGUGCCUUUGACAGGGUGCUGCGGUUGAAUCCAAUGGCUAUGGAGCCUCCCGCCAUGGAUUUCUCUAGGAGACUUAGAGAGCUGGCAGGGAACACGUCUAGCCCACCGCUGUCCCCAGGCCGGCCCAGCCCUAUGCAAAGGUUACUGCAACCAUUCCAGCCAGGUAGCAAGCCGCCCUUCCUGGCGACGCCCCCCCUCCCUCCUCUGCAAUCUGCCCCUCCUCCCUCCCAGCCCCCGGUCAAGUCCAAGUCAUGCGAGUUCUGCGGCAAGACGUUCAAAUUUCAGAGCAACCUCGUGGUGCACCGGCGCAGCCACACGGGCGAGAAGCCCUACAAGUGCAACCUGUGCGACCACGCGUGCACGCAGGCCAGCAAGCUGAAGCGCCACAUGAAGACGCACAUGCACAAGUCGUCCCCUAUGACGGUCAAGUCUGACGACGGCCUCUCCACCGCCAGCUCCCCGGAACCCGGCACCAGCGACCUGGUGGGCAGCGCCAGCAGCGCGCUCAAGUCUGUGGUGGCCAAGUUCAAGAGCGAGAACGACCCCAACCUGAUCCCGGAGAAUGGGGACGAGGAGGAAGAGGAGGACGACGAGGAAGAGGAAGAAGAGGAGGAAGAGGAGGAGGAGGAGCUGACGGAGAGCGAGAGGGUGGACUACGGCUUCGGGCUGAGCCUGGAGGCGGCGCGCCACCACGAGAACAGCUCGCGGGGCGCGGUGGUGGGCGUGGGCGACGAGGGCCGCGCCCUGCCUGAUGUCAUGCAGGGCAUGGUGCUCAGCUCCAUGCAGCACUUCAGCGAGGCCUUCCACCAGGUCCUGGGCGAGAAACAUAAGCGCGGCCACCUGGCCGAGGCCGAGGGCCACAGGGACACUUGCGACGAAGACUCGGUGGCCGGCGAGUCGGACCGCAUAGACGAUGGCACUGUUAACGGCCGCGGCUGCUCCCCGGGUGAGUCGGCCUCGGGGGGCCUGUCCAAAAAGCUGCUGCUGGGCAGCCCCAGCUCGCUGAGCCCCUUCUCCAAGCGCAUCAAGCUCGAGAAGGAGUUCGACUUGCCCCCGGCCGCGAUGCCCAACACGGAGAACGUGUACUCGCAGUGGCUCGCUGGCUACGCGGCCUCCAGGCAGCUCAAAGAUCCCUUCCUUAGCUUCGGAGACUCCAGACAAUCGCCUUUCGCCUCCUCGUCGGAGCACUCCUCGGAGAACGGGAGCUUGCGCUUCUCCACGCCGCCCGGGGAGCUGGACGGAGGGAUCUCGGGGCGCAGCGGCACGGGAAGUGGAGGGAGCACGCCCCAUAUUAGUGGUCCGGGCCCGGGCAGGCCCAGCUCAAAAGAGGGCAGACGCAGCGACACUUGUGAGUACUGUGGGAAAGUCUUCAAGAACUGUAGCAAUCUCACUGUCCACAGGAGAAGCCACACGGGCGAAAGGCCUUAUAAAUGCGAGCUGUGCAACUAUGCCUGUGCCCAGAGUAGCAAGCUCACCAGGCACAUGAAAACGCAUGGCCAGGUGGGGAAGGACGUUUACAAAUGUGAAAUUUGUAAGAUGCCUUUUAGCGUGUACAGUACCCUGGAGAAACACAUGAAAAAAUGGCACAGUGAUCGAGUGUUGAAUAAUGAUAUAAAAACUGAAUAGAGGUAUAUUAAUACCCCUCCCUCACUCCCACCUGACACUUCCUUUUUUCACCACCACCCCUCCCCCAUCGCCCUCCAGCCCCACCCCCCCGUAGGAUUUUUUUCUAGUCCCAUGUGAUUAAACAAACAAACAAACAGAAGUAACGGAAGCUAAGAAUAUGAGAGUGCUUGUCACCAGCACACCUGUUUUUUUUUUCUUUUUCUUUUUUCUUUUUCUUUUUUUCCUUUAUGUUCUCACCGUUUGAAUGCAUGAUCUGUAUGGGGCAAUACUGUUGCAUUUUACGCAAACUUUGAGCCUUUCUCUUGUGCAAUAAUUUACAUGUUGUGUAUGUUUUUUUUUUUUAAACUUAGACAGCAUGUAUGGUAUGUUAUGGCUAUUUUAAAUUGUCCCCGAUUCGUUGCUGAGCAAACAUGUUGCUGUUUCCAGUUCCGUUCUGAGAGAAAAAGAGAGAGAGAGAGAAAAAGACCAUGCUGCAUACAUUCUGUAAUACAUAUCAUGUACAGUUUUAUUUUAUAACGUGAGGAGGAAAAACAGUCUUUGGGUUAACCCUCUAUAGACAGAAUAGACAGCACUGAAACAAAAUCUCUAUGAGCUAAAUGUCUGUCUCUAAAGGGUUAAAUGUAUCAAUUGGAGAGGAAAAAAAGGCCUUGAAUUGACAAAUUAACAGAAAAACAAAACAAGCUUAUUCUAUCAUUUGGUUUUAAAAUAUGAGUGCCUUGGAUCUAUUAAAACCACGUUGAUGGUUCUUUCUACUUGUUAUAAACUUGUAGCUUAAUUCAGCAUUGGGUGAGGUAAGAAACCUUAGGACCUAGCAUAUAAUUCUAUAUUGUAUUUCUCACAACAAUGGCUACCUAAAAAUAUGACCCAUUAUGUCCUAGUUAAUCAUCAUUUUCCCUUUAGUUUUAAUCUUAUAAGCAAAACUGAUUAUACCAGUAUAAACGCUAUUUUGCUCCUGGUGAGAGCUUAAAAGAAAUGGGCUGUUUUGCCCAAAGUUUUAUUUUUUUUAAAUGAUUAAAUUGAAUGUGAAACGUGCAAAAGCCCUGGAAUACAAUUAAAUGCGUUAGUAAGGAAUUCAUUUUAUGAAGAUAACUUGUUUUAAAUAAUGUCUGUCAAAAAAAAUUCUGGCACCAAAAGAAAUAGAUCCAGAUCUACUUGGUUGUCAAAGGGACAAUCAAAUGAUAAACUUUAAGACCUCGUAGACCAUAUUAAAAAGAAGAGACUGACAAUAAGGUUUGACAGAGGGUAACAGGAAAAAAAAAAUGUGAUCUUUUAGCACAAUGUGGUACUAUUUGCCAUUUUAAACUAGAACAGGUGUAUAAGCUAAUACUGACACAAUGAUGAUUAACUAUGAAUUCUUAAGACUUGUGUUUAAAUGUGACAUUCUUAAAAAAGAAGAGAAAGAAUUUUAAGAGUAGCAGUAUAUAUGUCUGUGCUCCCUAAAAGUUGUACUUCAUUUCUUUUCCAUACACUGUGUGCUAUUUGUGUUAACAUGGAAGAGGAUUCAUUGUUUUUAUUUUAUUUUUUUAAUUUUUUCUUUUUUAUUAAGCUAGCAUCUGCCCCAGUUGGUGUUCAAAUAGCACUUGACUCUGCCUGUAAUAUCUGUAUCUUUUCUCUAAUCAGAGAUACAGAGGUUGAGUAUAAAAUAAACCUGCUCAGAUAGGACAAUUAAGUGCACUGUACAAUUUUCCCAGUUUACAGGUCUAUACUUAAGGGAAAAGUUGCAAGAAUGCUGAAAAAAAAAAUUGAACACAAUCUCAUUGAUGAACAUUUAAAAAAAAAAAAAAACUAAAAAAAACCUUUGCCAGCCAUUUACUUGACUAAUGAGCUUACUUACUCGGACUCAACAUUGCAAGCGCUGUGAAUGGAAAACAGAAUACACUUAACAUAGAAAUGAAUGAUUGCUUUCGCUUCUACAGUGCAAGGAUUUUUUUGUACAAAACUUUUUUAAAUAUAAAUGUUAAGAAAAAAAUUUUUUUAAAAAACACUUCAUUAUGUUUAGGGGGGAACUGCAUUUUAGGGUUCCAUUGUCUUGGUGGUGUUACAAGACUUGUUAUCCAUUUAAAAAUGGUAGUGGAAAUUCUAUGCCUUGGAUACACACCGCUCUUCAGGUUGUAAAAAAACAUACAUUGGGGAAAGGUUUAAGAUUAUAUAGUACUUAAAUAUAGGAAAAUGCACACUCAUGUUGAUUCCUAUGCUAAAACACAUUUAUGGUCUUUUUUCUGUAUUUCUAGAAUGGUAUUUGAAUUAAAUGUUCAUCUAGUGUUAGGCACUAUAGUAUUUAUAUUGAAGCUUGUAUUUUUAACUGUUGCUUGUUCUCUUAAAAGGUAUCAAUGUACCUUUUUUGGUAGUGGAAAAAAAAAAAGACAGGCUGCCACAGUAUAUUUUUUUAAUUUGGCAGGAUAAUAUAGUGCAAAUUAUUUGUAUGCUUCAAAAAACAAAAAGAGACAAACAAAAAAGUGUGACAUUGUACAGAUGAGAAGCCAUAUAAUGGCGGUUUGGGGGAGCCUGCUAGAAUGUCACACGGAUGGCUGUCAUAGGGGUUGUACAUAUCCUUUUUUGUUCCUUUUUCCUGCUGCCAUACUGUAUGCAGUACUGCAAGCUAAUAACGUUGGUUUGUUAUGUAGUGUGCUUUUUGUCCCUUUCCUUCUAUCACCCUACAUUCCAGCAUCUUACCUUCAUACGCAGUAAAAGAAAGAAAGAAAAAAAAGGAAAAAAAAAACAAAAACAAUGUUUUGCAGUUUUUUUCAUUGCCAAAAACUAAAUGGUGCUUUAUAUUUAGAUUGGAGAGAAUUUCAUAUGCAAAGCAUAUUAAAGAGAAAGCCCGCUUUAGUCAAUACUUUUUUGUAAAUGGCAAUGCAGAAUAUUUUGUUAUUGGCCUUUUCUAUUCCUGUAAUGAAAGCUGUUUGUCGUAACUUGAAAUUUUAUCUUUUACUAUGGGAGUCACUAUUUAUUAUUGCUUACGUGCCCUGUUCAAAACAGAGGCACCUAAUUUGAUCUUUUAUUUUUCUUUGUUUUUAUUUUUUUUUAUUUGGAUGACCAAAGGUCAUUACAACCUGGCUUUUUAUUGUAUUUGUUUCUGGUCUUUGUUAAGUUCUAUUGGAAAAACCACUGUCUGUGUUUUUUUGGCAGUUGUCUGCAUUAACCUGUUCAUACACCCAUUUUGUCCCUUUAUUGAAAAAAAUAAAAAAAAUUAAAGUACACAACGUAAGCUUCUUGUGUCCUCAUUUGACACACUCUGUAAAUUACUUUCAAGAAAAUAACAGGUUUUAAGAGAAGGCCAGUCAGUCUUUUUCAGGAUUAUUUCUAUGGGCAUUUUGAUGCGUGUAUUAUACCCUAAGGUGUAUAUAUACUCUACUCUAUUAAUAUAGACAUAUCUCAAAACAUGGAAAUAGUUUUUAGAUUUUAUAGUUCUAGAAUAAUUUUCAAGAAAUGGAAAGUGUUUUCAGUCUGAUGUUAAAAACUUUCCCUUCAUCUCUUAACGAUAAUCUAUUCAGAUAUAAAUGAAAAAUUUACUGGUAAUAGCAUCUUAAACUUUUAUUUCCUUUGGAUUUUUUGCUGUUCUUGUUGUCUGAAAGUUCUUUUCUAUUCUCCCUUCCCUGCCCUAUCUUAGAACAUAAUGUAAAAAAUCAGCUCUUUCGUUUCCAUAUGAGUCUUUCUUCAUACCAAAAAUAACCCCACCCUCCCCAUAAAAAUCCAGAAACAAAAGCAUCAGGUUAACAGAGAGAGAGAGAGAAGUAACCAGUAGUUUAGCCAGAUGUGGCAAGAAUCUCUGGAAUCAGCCACUGAUUUCCUGAGAUGGAUGGUGGUUUGCCUUGUGCUUCUGAGGUCCUAGGGACCAGAGAUGGGACAGAUCUUUUAGGUGUUUUUAUAGUGUGUUCCUGGCUGAUAGCAAAUGGCCGGGGGCGGGGGAGGGAAUACCCUUCAGUGAUCUUUUGCCCAACCAACAGAUUUAUGAAAUGAAACAUAGUCUUUGGAAAGCAGGUUAGGUCCCUUAUAAAAACCCCUCCUUAGAAAUCUGUGUUGUCAGUUUUACAAAUACUGCAUGCUGCAGCAUCUAUUUGCUUUAUUAAAACACAUACUUCUGUGAUACUGUCUCCCUGUUCCCAGUGUAGAUGAAUGGUUACAACGUUGUUCUUCUUUUUGUAAAAACCAAAACAAAAGCUGUUCUGUUGUCUUGUGGUAGCAUUUUUGUUGCUUAGGUCUUAUGCCCUGGUGCCUGUGAGGUGGCCUUUUCAUGUAAUGCCUUUUAUCUGAGGCAAGAAUAGUUUUAUCCUUUUAAAAUACACAGAAAGUAGGUAUAUUUUUUUAAAGCCAGUUUGGGUGGGAAGCAGGGAGUGAAGGCAGAGAGGAAUCCCAUACGAGAGGAUUUGGGGCUGGGUAUAGGAGCUGGGAUGAGAUGGACGUAUUUUGCAGGACUUGGUAAUUGGCAGUGAACUGAGAGGCGAUAUUUGUGUUUUGAAUUAGGUUACUUCACAACUGAAUCCAGAAUACUAUGCAAGGUAGAAAUAUUCCCCAGGGCCAUGCCAGUUUUAGAUGUGGUGACUUCUGCUCCACCAUAUCAAAUGUCCAUAAAACUGAUGUGUGUCCCCUAUUACUCUUUUAUUAGGAGCUAUGAGUGCAGCUGUGCAGGUUUUGUAUACAGUGUUCGUUUUAAUUUUUCAGUAUAUGAUGCUCUUAGCAUAAUUAGGUUUUGUAUCCUGACAGACAGAAUUAAUGGUGGAUACUGUAUACUUACUUGUAUGUUCAAAUUUCUUAAAUGGGGAAUGGGGAGGGGUGCAAGCAUCUGGUGAUAAAUCACGGAUUAUGUUUGAUUUACAUGGUCCCAAAGUUAAAUAAAUUUACCGGGAGACACGUUCUUCAGGGUACUUAGUCUUCUGACUUAUUGAAGCCCUCUCAUAAAAUCUUAUUUCUGAAGCUGAGUGAACAAUAGGAGCCUGAAAACCUAGGCAACAGGAAUAUAACUUAAAAAUGGCACCUGUAUCCGGAACCCCAAAAUUAAAAAUCUUAAUGCAAAAUAACAAAAAACAUUUCCAACUGAGGAUAAAUUCAUGAUAUUUUUUUUAAAUGAGGAAAUACGAAGGAUAUUAACGUUUUUCAGAAUUCUCCAGUUUAUGUGAUACCCCUGAUGUGUUGAUGCAAUGUCCUCUACAUACGUGAACUCUUAACGCUUAAAUGUUCCCUUCUAUCUUCAUUUGGAGAACAACUUAAUAAACAGGAGGACAGCAAAUACUACUUCUCACAGAUUUUAACU